GAGAGAGAGAGAGUACAGAGGGAUAUAUUGACUCAAAACUGGUCUGCAUGCUCUUCAGUGUGUGAGAAACAGAGGACGUGAGAGCAGGCAAGAUGGAGUGCUGGCACAGAUGAAGACUGUCCCUAGUUCUCAGCCUCUUGUUCCUCCCCUCUGCUAUGAUCCCAGCUGUUUUUCUCUUUGUCCUUCCUCAUUCAUUUCUUUCUCUCUCCGUCUCACCCCGUCAUUGCCAUCCCAUAGUCCCGUUCGACAGUCCACAUGAGCGUCUCCAAACCUCCCCCGCCCCCCUCCACCUCCCACCUGGCCAUUCCCCCUUCCUCCACCUCCACCCCUUCCUCGUCUGCCUCCUCCCCCUCGGCGACACCCCACUCCAACGCUCUGCCCCCUCCCUCGCCGGUCAAGAUCUCUAUGCAGGAGCACUUUGCCAUCAACGUGUGCCCAGGCCCCAUCCUCCCCAUCCCACAGAUCUCAGACUUCUUCCCACGUUUCCACGACUACCCCUGCACGCCUCCGCCUCCAAGGGAGAAGAAGAUCCUAAAAGAGGAGACUUUCAAUGGGGAGACGGGCAUAGGAUACAAGGAUGGGGAGAGGAGGGAGAGCAACGAGGGAGAGAGGGAGGAGGCGGUCGACUCUGAUGAUGAAGACACCUACCUGGGAACGCUGGAGUUCAGCUUGCUCUUUGAUCAGGAGAACAACUGUCUUCAUUGUACUAUUCAAAAGGCAAAGGGACUGAAAGCCAUGGACUCCAAUGGGCUGGCUGAUCCAUACGUCAAGCUUCAUCUUCUCCCCGGGGCUAGCAAGGCAAACAAGCUACGCACAAAGACCCUGAAGAAUACGUUGAACCCAGUGUGGAACGAAACGCUGGUGUAUCAUGGCAUCACAGCAGCUGACAUGACCACCAAAACACUCAGGCUGUGUGUAUGUGACAUGGACAGACUCGGACGAAAUGAAUUCAUCGGAGAGGUGAGAGUGGCUCUGAAGAAACUGAGAGAGGGUGAGAGCAAACGCUACAAUAUGGGCCUGGAGAGAAUUGCACAGAAUAAAGAAACUAACAAUCAAGCAGUGGAGCAGGGAGCAGUCGUGGCAGAGGAGGAGCGUGGCCGCAUCCUGGUGUCACUGUGCUAUAACACAGAGAAGAGCUGCCUGCUGGUUGGGAUCAUACGCUGUGCCCAUCUGGCCGCCAUGGACUCCAACGGCUACUCUGACCCCUUUGUCAAAAUCAUCUUGCAGCCAGAUAUGGGGAAAAAGUCCAAGUACAAGACUUCAGUGAAGAAAAAGACUCUCAACCCAGAAUUCAAUGAGGAGUUUUCAUAUGAUGUACCUGUGGACCAGCUGGCAAAGAAAACCCUGGAGAUCUCUGUGUGGGACUACGACUUGGGAAUGAGCAAUGACUUCAUAGGUGGAGUGGAGCUGGGAAUCAAUGCAAGCGGACAGAGACUCAAACACUGGUUCGAGUGUCUCAAAAACAAAGGGAAGAAAGUGGAGUUCUGGCAUACGCUCACACAGCAAGGAGCCCCAAGCAGUGACAAACCGGACUAGAUUACACAAGACAUUCAUGCACACAAGCACACUCAAACACACACACUAACACACACACACACACACACACACACACACAUUUGUCUCACUGAAAGAUGGUAAUAGAGAUCAAGUAAAGCAGUGACAAGAGCAAAGGAUAAAAACAUGCAAUAAUAAUAAUGUUGAAAAUGAAAUCCGUCAUAUAACGCCAAUGAUUACAACACCGAGUAUUAGUAUAUGAUAUUCAUACUAAUAUUAGUGAUGGUAAUAUUGUGUAUCUGAAUACAUUUUUUUAAAUGUAUUUUUUUCUAAAGGUGAACCAAAUUGUGACAAUGUCCUCAUUAAAGUGUUGACGUAACAAAACAAUACUCACAGAAUUGUGCUUUAGACCUUACUGUAUUGUGGAAGUCACUCAUAUUCUGUCAUUCAAAUUUACGUCUAAUGAAGAGAUUUGAAACUAAUGUACUCAAAAUUCAUUCAGUGAAAGGGGCCAAAAGUAUGUGCGUCCUAGUGACUCAUAAUGUGGUAUAUAGUUCCAGGAGGGGGGAUGUUACAAAAGGGUGAUUCUGUUCUGAGAAGUCUCUUAUGUAGUGGUUGUUGAUCUGAUGCAAAACAACACACCGUAUUAUAAAGCACAAAAUGAUCCAUUUGGUGGAUUUGUACCUUUACUGUUUUCAGUGUUUUUAUGUCUUUCAUUGUCUUUCAGUGACAGUGGCUUUCUAUACACCUUCAUAUCAGACAUUAACGUGUCAGUAUAUGUGUGUGUGUGUGUGGUAGGUGUUGUGGUGUGUGUGUGUGUGUGUAUGAGGGCUAUGAGAAUAUGAGUGCCUACAUUUUCUGUCUGUGCAGUGUCUUGUCUGUCUGCAUUCACGUCGUGCCCCAUUCAAAAUGUCUCCAUCCAACUUCAGAAGCACAGAGGUGUGAAGAAAUAAUAACAAAGGACAAGAAAGACACAUACAAGAGAGAGAAAUCCUCUGUCACCACCACCACAGGCCUCAGUGGUGUGAGUGUUCCUGGCUGGAGGACACUGACAAGCUGUCAAUCAUGGGUGCCAGACCUUUGCCAUCCCUUUCUCCCAUUGCCAGACAGUCAUAGAGCAAUGGAAUAAAUCUUGAUACAUAACCUCUGACCGCUCUUUUUGACUUUCCUUAUAAAGGGAUGAAGUGGUGUCCGAGGCAGGCAGAACGGAUAUUGCUUUAGAAGGUACCGUUUGUACUUUCAUUUUGCUGCAGCAUUAUGAACUAGAUUUCAACAGGAUCCAAGCAGGUUUUACCUCAGUGGCUCCAAUUCUGCUCCAACAGAGUUCACAUAUGAUGCGACAUUUCCGCCCUGCAUAUCCAUCAGUAAUAUAUUAAUUUGAAAAUUCAGGGAUUUGAUUGGUCCUGUUAUCUGAUUUCUGAGAAUAGGGCUGCCAAAAGCUAGAAGAGCUGCCCUAACCCAUCUCUGUACACCCUCUGAUACACUCUCUUUGAGAGGAUCGUAAAAAAAUAUGUAAAAGAAAUUGGGCUGAAAUCAACCAUCAGAUGGCUGUGAUCAUUAUUUCUUUCACCCCAUUACUUCUAACCUAUUAAAUAUUAGGUCUAUAGUGGAACAUAUUUCAUCCUCUAGACAGCAGACAAGACCACUGGGACUACUGUGUCCAUGUCUGUGGCACAGGAUUGCCUGCUGAGAUAAACUGUGUGCAGUUAGUAGAAAUGUACCCCCCCCCCACACUCACACAUACAAUUUAACCUCAGGAGGUAAAAUGGGAUUACACUCGCAUGGAAACACAUUUGGCAUCAGGGGACAGUGGAUAAUCACAGACCAGGAUCCAAGAUAUUGGAAAUCAGCGCUAAAUUGAACAUUUAACCCGCAUGUGUGUUACAUAUCUCUAUGCACAUCUCUGCAUACUGAGGGUGUAUAUGGGCUAGACUAUCACUGAAUUGUCUAAAUGUCUGCCAGGAUAUCAAAUGUACUCCCCCGGUUCACCUGUCACUACAGCUCUGGCCAUACACUGGUUCACAAAAGCACACCCACAGUCGGUCAGUGGCCUCCGGGAGUUUUCUAACUGUUGAAUCGAUCCGGCUGCUCAUAUUCUUGUUGUCCUUCAACAACCUUGUGUCUCAUCGUUGACUGCAAAAAAUGGAUCCUUUGGUGGUGAAUUAGGUUUCGAAUAAAAAGGGCUUGGGCAUUAUCAAAGCUGGGAACUAAACUAUGUGCAUAAUAGGAAGAUUAAAUACAUUUUCACGUUAGACCAUAAAGGACUUUAACGAGAGGGUUGGGCGGGGGGUUUAUUCUGUACUUUUUCUAUGCACAUCGAAACACCCAGCAGUCAGCAGUGAGAUAAUCAAACCAAAACAACAACAUUAUCGUGUUAUCCAGGCAUCAAAGAUACAUUUCUGGGAAUACUCAGUACUUUGAUUGGGGCUAGGCUGGGUGACAGUGAUCUAAUAGAGUUCACAUUUCUGGCUGGAUGGUGGCUUAUUCCUGUCUGUGGAUCUGUUGGUUUUGUUUACAGUCACUGAAUUUUCUGACUCUUGUCUAUUGACCCCGCUUUGCUUAUGUAAUCAUUUUAUCUGCAAUACAGCUGCAUGUUUAGCAAUCACUAUCAGCUUGUAUAAUAGAGUGCAACUUUAGCUGAUCAUUCUGAAUGCUGAUGUGUUUACAGUCGAUGCCAUCCAUUCAGUCUCUUACCAUCAGUGUGUAUUUGUUUGUUUGUGAAUACGAUGAUUCAGGGUAUUUUUUGCUCAGUUGCUGUGCUUUACCAAGCAAGCUAUUGAUUUAAAAAAAACAAAACCUUUACUGUCACAUUUUGACACUUGUCUUCCUUAAAUUGAUAUUAAAGUGGUAAUGAUGCAAGAGGGCAGGGGCGAAUGAGACUGGGAAUUCACUACUGCAGUCCCUGUGCAUUCACUGUCAAUGUCAAUCACACAGUAUGGCUGCCAUCCUGUGGUGGGUUUGUGUAACUACUUCGCAAAAUAA